GAAAUGUGUCCCAUCUUCCCCACCCCUACUACAUCUAAGCAAGAGUCUUUUAAGUCCAGAAAGAUAUACAAAGGUGUAUUUGAGUUAUAGUUUGUGUAUCUAUGUUUUCCUGCAGUUUAUUUAUUAGGGUUAUUUCAAAUAGGACCAACUGGUUAAGUUUACGAAUCUAAAUCGAUUGGAACGUAUCUUACAACGCACACGUAUACAAGAUUUGUGUUUAGUUUGGAGUUACUGAAACUACAGUUUCUUUUCCCCAAGCGGUUUCUUCCGCCUGUUAGUCAUCAUGUCUCAACAACAACAAGAACAAGAUAACUUGCAACAAGAACAAGACGCCCAACAAGCACAAUUUGUUCAGCAGGAAACAAUUGUUGAUGAUGAAACACAACAACAGGAAGGAAUGUCUCAAGACAAAUGGAAAGGGAAAGGGAACUUCAUGACUCCGCAGAUGAUGCACGCGCUUAAGAUGUCGCAGACACAAAGUCAGCACAAAUACAAACAAAAAUACAACAACGAAGUAAAAGGGCGAGGUUUCUCAGCUGCGGGAAAUUCCCUUGAUGCAGCGCGAGUUCGAAAGAACACGGCAGUUCAGAGUUCGAUAAAAUAUCACGAAAGUUUUGAGAAAUCAAAAGGAACUUAUACCCCGGUUAACGAAACGCCUGAACUUCAUCGAAUACGUUGCCAAAAACACCUCAGUGACACGGCAUAUAGAAGUGGUUUGUCCGACGUAUUGGAUCGGUUCAAAGGUUUUCAACGGCUUGAAUAUAAGGACUACGCCGACGUUCAAAGGAGUUUGAAAGCGGCAGAAAUCUCGGAUAAAAAUUACAAGGAAGAUUGGGAGUAUGACAAAAGCAACGUGUGUUACCCUGCCACACUUACGAGCACCUAUGAUGCAAAUACCAAGGCUCAAAGGAAUGCUAGUAAUAAAUAUUAUAAAGAAGGUUUGUCAAAAAGUCUUGAGAAUGUGCAUUAUGAUGUCACUAAGACAGAGUUGUACAAGAAAAUCCAAGACCAUUUGAAAGCAACCAGCAGUAAUGAAUAUAAAUCUGCUUAUGAGAAGAAUAAAGCCAACUACACCCCGAUACCCUACACACCAGACAUGAUUCGGUUUAGAGCUCUGAGCAAUGUCAUGAAUUGGAACAUGUACACAGCUGAGGCUCGAAAGUUAUGGGAACAUUAUCAUCUUGUUGUCCCAAUCCCCAUCAUUGCUCAAGCUUUGCAAACUGCCAAGAUGACAUCACAGAAGUGGUACAAAGCAGAUUUCAAGCGUGAUUGCAUCGGAAAAUCAGGACCAGCUGAUAUAAUACAUUACCCGCAAUUACAACAAGCAAGAAAAGCUGCAGGGUUUGCAAGCAAGGUUGAAUAUACCAAAGCUGCUGAUAAAGCAAAGUCUCAUUAUACCCUUGCACCCGAUGCCCCUGAUUUUAUUCGAGCAAAAAAGGCGGCUGAAUCCAGUAAUAUCAAGUACAAGCAGCAGAAAGCGAAGACGAUUGCUGACUUCCAAGGUUACCAACGUCUUGAUCCCAGCAUGCACCCUGUACUUGUGAAAACUAACAAAACACCAAGCGAUAAAGAGUAUAAGGAAGAUUGGGAAUACGAUAAACAAGUGAUCUACUACCCUGUACAUAUGACACCAGGUUACGAACAAACUGCUGAGGUUAAACAAGUCCAAAAAGAUUCAUACUACAAGAAAGAAUUUGAGAAGAACAAAGCCAAGAACAAGUUUGAUGUCACCACAACUUCCAGAUAUGCUGACAUGAAAGCUGACAUGACAUCCGAUGUGAAAUACAAGAAUGAAUAUGAAAAGAACAGAGGAAGAAAUCACACGGAGAUUCCAGAAACUCAUGAGAUGAGUUUAUCACAUAAGCUUCAACCAGUUCUUAGCAAAAAACAAUACACCCAAAAAUCAAAAGAACAACAGAAAAAUGUCCACGUUGGUUCAGAUGUGCAAGACAUCAGCCAUGCUGUGGAGAAACAAAAACAAGCCUCGAAAAACAGUUACAAGACUGACUACAAGCAGAAUGUGGUAGGAAAACCCCCCUCUGAUGUCACAGCUGCUUAUCCUGAGCACGACUUGCACAAAAAGAUGACACAUCUCACUAGCAAGCCGGAAUACACAAAGGAAGCUGAAAAGUUACGUCAAAGCAACAAUCUCCCACCUGACCAUCCAGAUUUUGCAAGAGCAAGGCAAUCAGCAAUGAAUGCUAGUGAUAUCGAAUACACCAAGCAGAAGAAGGAAGCCAUUGAUACUUACAGAGGUUUCCAAACUAUGGACAGCAGAGAUCACCCAGUAGUUCAACAAGCCAGUAAAGCUUCUCAACUUAUGUCAGAUAAAAACUAUAGAGAAGAUUGGGAGUACGAUAAACAAGUGGUUUACUAUCCAGUUCAUAUCACCCCUGCUUAUGAACAAGCUGCUGAUGUCAAGAAAGUUCAAAGUGAUGCAACUUACAAAGAGGGUUACAACAAGGGGAAAGACAAGAACAAAUAUGACGUAACAACUACUGAAAAAUACAUGGCUGCCAAAGAAUUGGAGAACACUUCAUCUGAUGUAAAGUACAAGAGCGCUUAUGAGAUGAACAAAGGGAAAAAUCAAACUUCAAUUCCAGAAACUCAUGAAAUGAGUCUAUCUAAGGAGCUUCAACCAGUUCUUAGCAAAAAACAAUACACUCAAAAGUCAAAGGAGCAACAACAACAUGUCCAUGUUGGUUCAGAUGUGCAAGAGAUAUCACAUGCAGUAUCAACACAACAGCAAGCAUCAAAGCAAGUUUACAAGAAAGAUUACAAGAAGAACAUUGUUGGAAGGGGACCUCAGGAUCCAGUGCAAGCUUAUCCUGAGCAUGACCAACACAGAAAAGCAACUAACUUAACCAGCUCGGCGGAUUAUCACAAGGAUGCAGAAGAGAUGAUGCAUCACCACACUCUUCCAGUUGAUGCUCCUGAGUUUAUAAGAGCAAAAGAAGCUGCAAAGAUAGCAAGCAAUUUGGAAUAUCAAAAGCAAAAGAAGGAAGUGAUUGACAAGUACAGAGGAUUCCAAACCAUGGACAGCAGUGACCAUCCUAUUGUACAACAAGGAAUUAAAGUUGCUGAAAUGGUUUCAAAUAUUCCAUACAAAGAAGAUUGGGAUUAUGACAAACAGAACGUUUACUAUCCAGUUCAUAUCACUCCUGGUUAUGAACAAGCCGCUGAUGUCAAAAAAGUUCAAAGUGAUGCAACUUACAAAGAGGGUUACAACAAAGGAAAAGACAAGAACAAAUAUGACGUAACAGCUACUGAAAAAUACAUGGCUGCCAAAGAAUUGGAGAACACUUCAUCUGAUGUAAAGUACAAGAGUGCAUAUGAGAUGAACAAAGGAAAGAAUCAAACUUCGAUUCCAGAAACUCAUGAGAUGACUUUGUCAAAGGAGCUUCAACCAGUUCUUAGCAAAAAACAAUACACUCAAAAAUCAAAGGAUCAGCAAAAAAAUGUUCACGUUGGUUCAGAUGUGCAAGAGAUAUCACAUGCAGUAUCAACACAACAGCAAGCAUCAAAGCAAGUUUACAAGGAAGAUUUUAACAAAAAUAUUGUUGGGAAAGGACCUCAGGAUCCAGCUAAAUCCUAUCCGGAAUAUGAUCUUCUUAGAGAAGUUUCUAAACAAGCUAGCAAGUCUGAGUAUGUGAGAGAGGCUGACAAGAUGAUGCACACCCACAAUCUUCCACUUGAUUAUCCAGAGUUUGUCAGAGCAAAGGAGAAUGCUAUUAAUGCCAGUGAUCGACAAUAUCAAAAGCAAAAGAAGGAAGUGAUUGACAAAUACAGAGGAUUCCAAACCAUGGACAGCAGUGACCAUCCUAUUGUACAACAAGGAAUUAAAGUUGCUGAAAUGGUUUCAAAUAUCCCAUACAAAGAAGAUUGGGAUUAUGACAAGCAAAAUGUUUACUAUCCAGUUCAUAUCACUCCUGGUUAUGAACAAGCUGCUGAUGUCAAGAAAGUUCAAAGUGAUGCAACUUACAAAGAGGGUUACAAUAAAGAAAAGGACAAGAACAAAUAUGAUGUAACAGCUACUGAACAAUACAAAUUUGCAAAGGAAUUAGAAAACACCUCAUCUAACGUGAACUACAAGAAUGAAUAUGAAAAGAACAAAGGGAAGAAUCAAACUUCGAUUCCAGAAACUCAUGAGAUGAGUUUAUCAAAAGAGCUUCAACCAGUUCUUAGCAAAAAACAAUACACUCAGAAGUCUAAGGAUCAACAAAAAAAUGUUCAUGUUGGUUCAGAUGUGCAAGAGAUCUCACGCGCAGUAUCAACACAACAGCAAGCAUCAAAGCAAGUUUACAAGGAAGAUUUCAACAAAAAUAUUGUUGGGAAAGGACCUCAGGAUCCAGCUAAAUCUUAUCCUGAAUAUGAUCUUCUUAGAGAAGUUUCUAAACAAGCUAGCAAGGCUGAAUAUGUGAGAGAAGCUGACAAGAUGAUGCACACCCAUAAUCUUCCCCUUGAUUAUCCAGAGUUUGUCAGAGCAAAGGAGAAUGCUAUCAAUGCAAGUGAUCGACAAUAUCAAAAGCAAAAGAAGGAAGUGAUUGACAAAUACAGAGGAUUCCAAACCAUGGACAGCAGUGACCAUCCUAUUGUACAACAAGGAAUCAAAGUUGCUGAAAUGGUUUCAAAUAUCCCGUACAAAGAAGAUUGGGAUUAUGACAAACAAAAUGUUUACUAUCCAGUUCAUAUCACUCCUGGUUAUGAACAAGCCGCUGAUGUCAAGAAAGUUCAAAGUGAUACAAAUUACAAGGAGGGCUACAACAAAGAGAAAGAUAAGAACAAGUUCAAUGUCACAGAUACUGAACAAUAUAAGUUUAAUAAAGAAUUAGACAACACUUCCUCAAAUACGAACUACAAAAGUGAGUAUGAGAAGAACAAGGGAAAGAAUCAAACUUCGAUUCCAGAAACUUAUGAGAUGACUUUAUCAAAGGAGCUUCAACCAGUUCUUAGCAAAAAACAAUACACUCAAAAAUCCAAGGAGCAACAACAACAUGUCCAUGUUGGUUCAGAUGUGCAAGAGAUAUCACAUGCAGUAUCAACACAACAACAAGCAUCAAAGCAAGUUUACAAGGAGGAUUUCAAGAAGAACAUUGUUGGAAAAGGACCCCAGGAUCCAGCUAAAUCCUAUCCUGAAUAUGAUCUUCUUAGACAAGUUUCUAAACAAGCUAGCAAGGCUGAAUAUGUGAGAGAAGCUGACAAGAUGAUGCACACCCACAAUCUUCCACUUGAUUAUCCAGAGUUUGUCAGAGCAAAGGAGAAUGCUAUUAAUGCCAGUGAUCGACAAUAUCAGAAGCAAAAGAAGGAAGUGAUUGACAAGUACAGAGGGUUCCAAACCAUGGACAGCAGUGACCAUCCUAUCGUACAACAAGGAAUCAAAGUUGCUGAAAUGGUUUCUAAUAUCCCAUACAAAGAAGAUUGGGAUUAUGACAAACAGAAUGUUUACUAUCCAGUUCAUAUCACUCCUGGUUAUGAACAAGCUGCAGAUGUCAAGAAAGUUCAAAGUGAUGCAACUUAUAAGAAAGGAUUCAAUGAAGACAAAGACAAGAACAAGUAUAAUGUAACAGACACUGAGCAGUACAAAUUUUCUAAAGAACUGGAAAAUACAGCAUCUGAUGUAAAGUACAAGAGUGCUUAUGAGAUGAACAAAGGAAAGAAUCAAACUUCUAUUCCAGAAACUCAUGAGAUGAGUUUAUCAAAAGAGCUUCAACCAGUUCUUAGCAAAAAACAAUACACUCAAAAGUCAAAGGAACAACAAAAAAAUGUUCAUGUUGGUUCAGAUGUGCAAGAGAUCUCUCAUGCAGUAUCAACACAACAGCAAGCAUCGAAGCAAGUUUACAAAGAAGAUUUUAACAAAAAUAUUGUUGGAAAAGGACCUCAGGAUCCAGCUAAAUCCUAUCCUGAAUAUGAUCUUCUUAGACAAGUUUCUAAACAAGCUAGCAAGGCUGAGUAUGUGAGAGAAGCUGACAAGAUGAUGCACACCCAUAAUCUUCCACUUGAUUAUCCAGAGUUUGUCAGAGCAAAAGAGAAUGCUAUUAAUGCCAGUGAUAGACAAUAUCAAAAGCAAAAGAAGGAAGUGAUUGACAAGUACAGAGGAUUCCAAACCAUGGACAGCAGUGACCAUCCUAUUGUACAACAAGGAAUCAAAGUUGCUGAAAUGGUUUCAAAUAUCCCGUACAAAGAAGAUUGGGAUUAUGACAAACAGAACGUUUACUAUCCAGUUCAUAUCACUCCUGGUUAUGAACAAGCCGCUGAUGUCAAGAAAGUUCAAAGUGAUGCAAUUUAUAAAAAAGGAUUCAAUGAAGAGAAGGACAAGAACAAGUUUAAUGUCACUGAUACUGAACAGUAUAAGUUUGCAAAAGAACUUGGAAACACUUCAUCUGAUGUUAACUACAGAAGCGCUUAUGAGAUGAACAAAGGAAAGAAUCAAACUUCGAUUCCAGAAACUCAUGAGAUGAGUUUAUCAAAGGAGCUUCAACCAGUUCUUAGCAAAAAACAAUACACUCAAAAGUCAAAGGAUCAGCAGAAAAAUGUCCAUGUUGGUUCAGAUGUUCAAGGAAUAUCACAUGCUGUUUCCACCCAAAAACUUGCCUCUGAUGUUCCAUAUCAUGCCAACUAUGACAAGGAAAUGCUGGGGCGAGCACCGGCAGAUGUAGCCAAUGCGUAUCCUGAAUAUAAACAGCUAAGAGAAGUUUCAAAACAAUCCAGCAAGGCUGAAUAUGUGAGAGAAGCUGACAAGAUGAUGCACACCCACAAUCUUCCACUUGAUUAUCCAGAGUUUGUCAGAGCAAAGGAGAACGCAAAGAAUGCCAGUGAUCUUGAGUACAAAAAGCAAAAGAAGGAAGUGAUUGACAAGUACAGAGGGUUCCAAACCAUGGACAGCAAUGACCAUCCUAUUGUACAACAUGGGAUUCGAGUAGCAGAUCUUAUUUCUGAUCGUAACUACCGUGAAGAUUGGGAAUACGAGAAGCACAUGAUAUAUUACCCUGUUCAUAUCACUCCUGGUUACGAACAAGCACUAGAUGUAACCAAAUACCAAAGCAAGGCUGCAUACCUCAAGAAUUAUGAUGAAAACAAAUCAAAGAACAAGUUUAAAGUAACCGACACUGAGCAGUAUCAGACAGCAAAGAAUCUUCUUGAACUUGUUUCUGACAAAAAUUACCCCGAUGGUCUUGGACCUUUUCAUUCUGUGUCCGAAACCCAUGAGAUGGAACGAGCAAAGUCUCUUCAGCCACUGAAGGAAACGGUUUACAGCAAAGAAGCAAGGAAAGUGUUAAACAACUACAACCUAGACAGCAGCACCCAAGGAAUUUCCCAUGCACUGCUCAGCCAGAAGAAUAUGUCACGUCAGGAAUAUCUUGAGAACUUCAAGAAGAAUGUGCUUGGAAAAUGUCCUAAGGAUCUUGAGUCUUACCCAGAGUAUAAGUUUGCCCGCGAUGUGUCUAAUAUGGCAAGCAAGAGAGGGUAUGUGAGAGAAGCUGACAAGAUGAUGCACACCCACAAUCUUCCACUUGAUUAUCCAGAGUUUGUCAGAGCAAAGGAGAAUGCUAUUAAUGCCAGUGAUAGACAAUAUCAAAAGCAAAAGAAGGAAGUGAUUGACAAGUACAGAGGAUUCCAAACCAUGGACAGCAGUGACCAUCCUAUUGUACAACAAGGAAUCAAAGCUGCAGAACUUGUUUCAGAUAAAACAUACAAAGAAGAUUGGGAGUACGACAAACAAAUGAUCUACUUCCCUGCUCAUAUAACACCUGGAUACGAGGCUACUGUUGCAGCCAGCGAUGCACAAAGUGAUACAAAAUAUAAGAAGAACCACAAAGAAACAAAGGCUUUAAAUAAGUUCAAGGUUACUGACACUGAACAAUAUAAAUCCAACAAAGCAACUGCUGACUUAGUUUCUGAGGUGAAAUAUCGUGAGGAUUACGAAGCCAAGAAAGGCAAGAAUGUGAAACAAAUUGAAGAAACUCCCGAGAUGGUUUUAUCCAAAUCACUUCGACCGAUUGUGAGCAACAAACUUUACAUGGAUAGUGCGAGGAAAAUUAUGCAGAAAUACAACCUUGAUGCUUCCAUGCAAGGAAUCGCCCAAGCUCUUUCAUCACAGAAAGUUGCCAACAGACAUCAAUACGUUGAAGACUUCAAGAAGAAUGUUGUUGGGAAAGCUCCGGCUGAUCUUACUGGAUCUUACCCCGAGUACGAUCAUGCACGAGAAGUCUCCAAGAUGAUUAGCAAGCCAUUAUAUGUAAAAGAAGCUGACAAGAUCAUGCACCAUCACAAUCUUCCACUUGAUUAUCCAGAGUUUGUCAGGGCAAAGGAGAAUGCUAUCAAUGCAAGUGAUAGACAAUAUCAAAAGCAAAAGAAGGAAGUGAUUGACAAGUACAGAGGAUUCCAAACCAUGGACAGCAAUGACCAUCCUAUUGUACAACAUGGGAUCAAAGCUGCUGAGCUUAUAUCAGAUAGAAAGUACAAGGAGGAUUACAUGGCAGAUAAAGACAUCAUUUAUUACCCUGUCCAUCUGACUCCUGGGUAUGAAGCUGCAGUCAAAUCUAAUGAACAUCAAAGUGAUGUCUCUUAUAAGAAAGCUCACAACAAAGAAGGUGGAAAAAACAACUACAAGUUUGCCGAGACAGACACAUAUAAGGGAGCCAAGGAAAUGGAAAAACUAAAAGAUCAUAUAUACAAAGGAGAAUACCCUCGUGACUUUACUGCAAUUGAAUUGACUCCAGAGAUGGAAAUUUCAAACUUGGUCAAGACCAUACUUAGUCAUUCUAAGUAUACAAAGGAUGCCAAGAAAAGAUUGGACGUCUACAAUGUAGAUAUUGGAGACCAAAGACUCUCACAUGCUAUGCAUGCUACACAGAUUGGGUCUGAGAAUUUAUAUCGCAAACGUUUCUUGAAAGAGACUCAUGGGAAAGCCCCUGCUGAUGUCACAAUAGCUCACCCUGAAUAUGAACACGCAAAGGAAGUUGGAAAAAUGAUCAGUAAACCUGCUUACAUAAAAGAAGCUGACAAGAUGAUGCACCAUCACAAUCUUCCACUUGAUUAUCCAGAGUUUGUCAGAGCAAAGGAAAAUGCUAUUAAUGCAAGUGAUCGACAAUAUCAAAAGCAAAAGAAGGAAGUGAUUGACAAAUACAGAGGAUUCCAAACCAUGGACAGCAGUGACCAUCCUAUUGUACAACAUGGGAUUAAAGCUGCAGAGCUAGUUUCACAGGCCCGCUACAUUGAAGACUACUUGGCUGACAGAAGCAUCAUAUAUUUCCCUGCUCAUCUCACUCCUACGUAUGAAGCUGCAAGCAAAGCUGCUCAAUACAGUGAUCCAAAAUACAAAGAGAAAUACGAGAAAUUAAAGGGAACGAACAAGUUUGACCCAACUUCAACAGAACAAUAUGGAAACUUGAAACAAUCAAGAGCAAUAAUCAGUGAGAAAUCUUACAAAGAAGAUGGUAUGAAGCGACUUGCAACAGAAUUCUCACCGCUCGACGAGACGCACGAGAUGGUUAUUUCAAAACAACUUAAACCUUUGCAACCAGCGGAAUACCAAAAGUUGGCCAAGGAGCUACAACACAAGUAUCAUCUGAACGUCGAACUACCGGAAAUCACUCACGCUAUCUGUGUGUCACAAUUGGCAUCAAAGAACAAAUACAUUGAUGACUACGCAAAGAAUGUGAAAGGAAAAGCACCAGCAGAUAUUGCUAACUCUUACCCUGAAUACAUUCAUGCACGAAAUGUAUCCAAGCAAACAAGCAAGGCUGAGUAUACAAAGAGUGGAGAGGAAGCCCGCCAUAAAUUUACUCUUCCUGUCGAUACACCAGAACUUAACCGAGUAAAACAAGCAUCCAUUAAUGCCAGCGAUCUUGAGUACAAGAAACAAAAGAAGGCAGUGAUUGACAAGUACAGAGGGUUCCAAACCAUGGAUAGCAAUGACCAUCCUAUUGUACAACAAGGAAUCAAAGCUGCUGAACUUGUUUCCGAGAAAAGGUACAAGGAGGAUUACAUGGCUGAUAGGGAUAUGAUCUAUUACCCAGUCCAUCUAACACCUGGAUAUGAAGCUACACAAGCAACUGAUAAAAUCAAACCAGCGACCUAUACAGCUAAGCAUAACAAGGAAAAACAACAACAUCGGUUCAACAUGGCUGACACUGAACAUUAUGCGCAAACAAAGGACCAACAAUUGGCAUUGUUGGAUCAAAACUACAAAGUCUCCCCUGAAGAAAUGUCCAAGUUGACUCCCGUCUCUGACUCUCUCCAGCAAUCUCAUCUUAAAGAUAUGAAAGAUAUGAUGAGUCAUAAAUCUUACACUGAAAGUGCAAAGAAGCUUUUGGAGAAAUACAACCUUAGUGCUGAUGUUAUUCAAAUAGCUCACGUGUUGGCUACAUCUCCUCUUGUUUCCGAUGUGAAUUAUAGGGAAAAUUACUUGAGUGAGCUCAAAGGGAAAGGUGUUUCUAAACCAGGCAUUGAGCAUUAUCCUGGGUAUAUUCAAGCAAAAGAAAACACCAAACUCGCAAGCAAGAGUGAAUACGUAAAAGCAGGGGAGAGCAUUCUACAUCAAUACACAAUGCCGUUGGAUACACCUGAACUUAACAGGGCAAAGCAGUCAGCUAUUAAUGCAAGCGAUCUUGAAUACACAAAACAAAGGAAACAAACAAUUGACAAUUACCGUGGAUUCCAAACCAUGGACAGCAAGCAUCACCCGAUCGUUCAACAUGGAAUUAAAGCUGCAGAUCUUAUAUCUGAGCGCAAGUACAAGGAAGAUUAUAUGGAGGAUAGAAAUCUUAUAUAUUACCCUGUCCAUCUAACUGCUGGGUAUGAAUGCGCAACCAAAGCAAGUCAAUUCAUGAACAAGCAAUCGUAUCAGAAGAAUUACCUCCGUGAUAGAAACGAUGUGCAUUAUGAUGUCACAAAGACAGAUGGUUACAAAAAUAUGGUGGAGAUGCAGAAAUUAUCCGAUGCAAGCUACAAAGCUGACCCAGCCAGUGGUAAAUUCACUUCAGUUAAAGACAGCAUUGAUCUUGCCAGAGCGAGGGCUGUCAAACCUCUGGUCAGUUAUUGGUUUUAUAAAGAUGAAGCCAAAAGAAUGCUGGAUAAAUACAAUGUGGAUUCGGCUGACUACCAUAUGGUGCAUGCACUCCAUGCAAACCAUUUGGCAUCUGACGUUGAAUAUCGCAACCAAUGGUUGAAAGAAGUCAAAGGAAAAGGAAACAAUGAAAACUUGGAAAGUUAUCCUGAAUAUCAACAAGCUAUUAAAGCUGGAAAGCAAGUUUCUCAGAACGCCUAUGUAAAAGAUAGUGAGAAGGGAAUGAACAAUUACACCAUUCCUCCAGAUAUGCCAUCCAUUAAACAUGCUCGGGAAGUUGAUGAUAUGAUUAGUAAUUUGGAGUACAAAAAGUCUUUGAAACAAACAAUCGACAAUUACCGUGGAUUCCAAACCAUGGACAGCAAGCAUCACCCGAUUGUUCAACAUGGAAUUAAAGCUGCGGAUCUUAUAUCUGAGCGCAAGUAUAAAGCAGAUUAUAUGGAGGAUAGAAAUAUCAUAUAUUACCCCGUCCAUCUAACCGCUGGGUACGAGGCGUGCGUCAAUUCAAACAAAUUUGCAAGUGAUGCUGAUUACAAGAGGUGGUACAACAAGAACAUCCGAGGUAAAGGCAACUUUCCUGUCAAUCUUACCCCUGGCUACGCACAAGCUCAGAGUAUGAAGCCAUAUAUCAGUGAGUGUUUGUACAAAGAGGAAUACGAGAAGGGCAAAGGCUCCGGAUUUACUGUGGUCCCUGAUGCAAAUGAAAUGCAUAACCUCAAAGUCGUUCAACCAUGGAUGAGUCAGAAACAUUACAAAGAAGCUGCCCGAGACUUGAUGGGAAAAUAUCAUCUUGAUGUGGAGGUUCCUGUCAUAGCUCGAGCUAUUUACAACUCGGCAAUGCUUUCCCCUGCAUUGUAUAAGCUUGAUUAUGCAAAUGAAGUGAAAGGAAAAGCUGCACAACACCUUGAAGCAUCACCUUUGUUCAAGAACGCAAUUAAAGCAACAAAACUUGCUAGUAAUGUUGAAUAUGGAAAAGCUGCUGAGGAAGGAAUGAAUAAUUAUACCUUGGGACUUGACACAACUGAUAUCCAACAAGCAUUAAUUGCUGAUAAGCUUACCAGUGAUGUUGAAUACAAGAAAUCCGGGCAGGAGGUGGCUGGUUCUUGCCAAGGAUAUUUCAAGCUUAAUUCUUCUCAGAUUCCACAAUAUCAGAAAGCAAGAGAUGUUGCCGCCAAUGCCAGUGAUAGCAAGUACAAAGAGGAAUACAAUGAAAUGAAGCAUUACGUUUAUUUCCCAUACCACAUCACACCAGAGUACGAGAAGAAGGCAGAUGCUUAUAAGUUUUUCAGCAAUGCUCACUACAUGAGGAAUUAUGAAGAAAACAAAGGGAAACAGAACUUCAAGUAUCAUGAGAUUCCUGCUUAUUUAUCAAACAAAGAACUUAAUGAAGUCAUGAAUGUUCAUAAAGACAGGAAAGCUCUAAGGGAAAUGUACCUGAAGGGUUACCACACUUCACCUGAUGAUGUCACCAACCAGCAUGUCAGGGAAGUCCAAAUGAGACUGAGCAACAAUGUUUACAAAGCUGCUGCUAAAGAAGUGAUGGAUAAAUACAACAUCACUGCUGAGCUACCAGAAAUCAGACAAGCACUUUCAUCAUCAAAGCUUGUCAGCCAGAAUCUCUACAAAGAACAACACAACAAAGAGAAGGGUCAAGGAAUGGAUUAUAAUCCUGAUAUUCCAACCUAUCAACAUGCAAGGAAAGUUAGAACCAUCGUUAGUGAUAACUUAUACAAAGAUGAAGCCGCACAGAAUCUACAUCAAUAUUCUGUAAUACCCGAUACGCCCCAUCUUACCCAUGCUAAGACUGUGGCUCAACAAACCAGUGAUGUUGAAUAUAAAAAAGAUGGAAAAGAAAUUACAUCCAAAGUUCGGGGUUAUCAGUUUUUGAAGGCAUCAGAACAACGUGACGUGGCACACGCCAGUAAAGUUAACGACCUCAUUUCACCUGCUAAAUAUAAAGAGGAAUAUAAUGAACUGAGAAACAUCAUCUAUUUCCCUGUUCAUCUUACUGAUGGGUAUGAAACUUGUAUUCGUGCAAACAAGUUCGCAUCUCCUGCCACAUACAAACGUAACUGGUUGAAAGAAAGAUUCCGUAACAACUACAAAGUUCAUGAAACAGAAGGCUACAAACAAGAACGCGAAAUACAAAAGAAGAUUAGUGCAAUCGCAUAUAAAGCCGAAUACAACAGAAAUGUUGGAAAAUGUCCGUUUAUCACAGAAACCCCUGAACGCUCUCACAAUCGAGAUAUGAAAGACAUGUUUAGUGAUAAAAAGUAUCGUCAUUCUGCCCGUGAUGUAAUGGAUAAAUAUCAUCUUAUUACUGAUGAACCUCGGAUGGUGACAGCUAUUCAAGCGAUGGACCUCGUUAGUGAUGUAAAAUACAAAGAAGAGUACGAAAAAGAAAAAGGCAAAGGAACAGCGAACAUCCAUGAAACACCACAGAUGGUUCAUGCAUUGCAAGUUGCAAAACUCACUAGCGAUAAACCUUAUAGGCAAGUUGCUUUAAAAGAGUUACAAAAAGUUACUUUGCCCGAAGAUGCAACAACAAUUGUGCACGCCCAAGAAGCUGGAAAACUUGUUAGUGAUAUCACUUACAAGAAAGAUGCGUUUGAAAACAAGAUGCAAGGUUACAACCGAUUGCCUCUAAAAGACAACUAUCAGUUGAACAGACUUGAUAAAAUAAAAGACCUUCCAUCUGAGGUUCAGUACAAGAAAGAUUUCUAUGAGCAGAAGGGGCAGCUUAUCCCAGUGGUUGACACCCCUGAGCAACGACAUGCACAGAAACAACAGAAAAUUCAAAGUGAUGCCGUUUAUAAGAAGGAUCUUGAAAAACACACAAGAGGUCGCGGCCUCACGACGGAUACUACUCCUCAACUUGAUCAUGCUAAACACAUGGUGUCGCUCUUGAGCGAGAACCAAUACAAAGCUGGUACAAAGGACCAGCAUCAAUGGCAGAGCAGUGAAGCAACGAAUACACCGACUGCUAUCAAAGCAAAAGAAACUACUGCCCUUGUCAGUGAAAACAAAUAUAAAGAAGAGCAUGAGAAAUCCAAAGGACAAGGUUGCAAUGAAAUCACGCCAGCUAUUGCCCACGCUGCUACUAUUGCCAAGGUUGUAAGUGAAAAUGUAUACAAGGAAAAACACAAAGAAGAUUCAAAAAUACCAACAGCAUUCAGUGUUUUACCUUCAACUCCGUAUAUUGAGCAUGUACAGAAAGUUGCUCAGAAAGCAAGCGAGAUUAAAUACAAAGAACAACAUCAGAAAGAGGACAUUGGACAACCCUCAGAACUAAAGGAUUCGGUUUUAAUAAAAAAGAACAAAGAAACAACUGAACUACAAAGCAAUAUUGAAUACAGAAAGCAAGGAGAGAAAGAGGCCGAAGCAAACAAAGGAUACCUAACUUGUUUGGAAGAUAUGCCAAAGAUGAAACACGCAAAGAAGAUGAGGGAUGUCUUCAGUGAUUUCCGUUACAAAGAAGCUUAUGAGAACGAGAAAGGAAUUGUGUUCUAUCCCUACUUUUUAACUCCACAAUAUGAAAAUCAAGUGAAAGCUGGAAAACUUCAAAGCCAGAAUGUAUAUACAAAGAAAGCAGAGGAAGGCAGACACACCUUCAAACUCACAACUGACCAACCAAACUUUAAACAAGCAAAAGUGGCAAAUAAUCUUAUUUCUGAUCUCAAGUACAGACAACCCCACAAAGGCAAAGGAGCCAAAGUAAAGGAUUCCCGAGACGUACCAUCUAUCUUACACUCAAAGAAAAUGCAGGAGUUGUUCAGUGGUAUAAGAUACAGGAACGAAUAUGAAAAAAUCAAAGACAAAUAUCAUCUUGAUGUUUCUACACCAAGUAUUGUCAACGCUAAGCGAGCAUCUCAAUUACUAAGUGAUACAACAUACAAAGAGGAAUACAACAAGGAGAAAGGCCAACCUUUUGACACUUACCAGGAUUCCCUUCAAAUGAAACACAUGCGCACAAUGCCUGACAAACUCAGUGAAAACAAAUAUCGACAAGAUUUGAUUCUUUCCCGUGGGAAAGUCAUUCAAGUUGCUGACACUCCUUGGUUGGCAACUUCUAAACGCGCUCAACAGUUCAUCAGCCAUAUCAAGUACGGCCAGAAAAGUGGACGAAAGUUGAAAUGCAAGUUCCAGCCGGAUAAAUUCAACAAACACGUGAAGAAUGUGACCGACAGUAUCAGUGCUGCAAAAUACCAUGAUGAUUACGAAAACUUUUUCCGAGGUAACUUGAUACCAAUACCUGAAACACCAGAGACCAAGCAAGCAAUGAUGAAUAGUAAACUGUUUAGCAAGAGUGGUUACAAACAAAAGGCAAAAGAAGACCAACAGCAUUAUCUUCUUGUUCCUGAUGAUCCCGAGUUCCAAAGGUUGAAGGAUGCAGCAACAUAUCUUAGCGAUAUUGCAUACAAGGGUGAGGCACAAAAAGAGCAUUCACAUUUCACAACAGUGUCCGACACACCUACGAUGGUGAAAGCAAAAGAAAGCCAAGAAAUGCAGAGCGAGAAAACAUACAAAGGAAACUUGAAAAAAGAUUUAGCAACUGGUUUCCAACUUCCGUCUGAAGGAACCGCCACAAUGCAACAACAAUGUUAUGCUUCAACGCUCACAAGUGACAAGGCGUAUAAAGAUAAAGCUGAACAGCUCGUUCAUGACCCAACUGCAUUCACUCAGAUGAAAGAAACAAGAGAAACCGGUCAUGCUAAGAAAGUCACUCACACCAUUAGUGAUAUCAAGUACAAAGAGCUUGCAAAGAAACGUCUUCACCAAGUCCAUCCAACAGAGGAAGACCCAUGGAUGAAGAAAGCAAAGGAAGUCAACAAACAUAUAAGUGAUGUUACAUACAAAUCAAAGGACAAAGACAUGGCCCACCAAUACAAACUAAAGGAAUCUGACAACUUCAUGAAGCAUGCUAAAAAUGUGCGUGAUAAUAUAAGUGAAGCAAACUAUAAGAAAGAUUUUAAUGAAAACAUUGGAGUUUGUUGGUCUUCUCAUCCACAUGAACAAAAGUUCCUUCAUGCAAAGAAAGUGGGAGAUCUUGUUAGUCAGAAUAAAUACAAGGAAGAAGCUCGUAAGAUGAAAGGAAAAUAUCACAUCCCACAAGACACUCCCGAGUUCGAACGCUUCAGAAAAGUUAAAGAUGACGUCAGUGAGUCGAAAUACAAGGACAAAGCUGGAGAGUUUACCAUACUGGAAAGCACACCAGAUAUUAAACAUGCAACUGAAGUGUCAACUCUUGUUAGCAAGAAUAAAUAUAAAGAAGAUUUUGAAAAAACGAAAGGCCAAUAUCAGACGAUUGAGGAUGAUUUGAAUAUGAACCAUGCAACACAAGUUAACAAGAUGCUAAGCAAGGCGGAAUAUAAGAAGAAGCACAAAGAAAUGCAGAAGGAAGGUUAUACACUUAUCGCUAAUCGUCCUGACACCGAACAUAUGCAAAAAGUACAAAGAAACGUCAGCGAUGUGACGUACAAGAAAGAAGCCAAGGAUUCAACUGACAAAGAGUUCACCAUCUUGGAAAAAUCACCAGAGAUUGAACAUGCAGUGAACACGGCAAAGAUGCAAAGCACUGUUCACUACAAGCAGAAGGUUCAAGGUAAAGACAUUGAGAUGCUAAAGACGCCUUCAAUGAAACAUGUGAUGGGAGCUAAUAAGCUGCAGAGUGAGCUUGAAUACCGAAAGGAGUUCGACAAAGAAAUUAAAGGGAAAGGCUGGAGAUUCACUAAAGAUACUCCUCAACAAAAGCAUGUGGAGAAUAUUGGAAACGUGCAAAGCCAGUACAAAUACACAAAGAAGUACCGAGACAAUGUUGGUACUGGUUUCACAAGUGUUACUGAUAGACCAGAUAUUCUCCAUGCAACAUCAUGCAAAGAUGUCAUCAGUGAUAAUGAAUACAAACGCCGGCACCGAGCGAUGACUGGAAAAGGUUACACCUUCACUCCUGAUAACCCAAGUCAGGCCCAUGUUGAAGAGGUGACACACACACAGAGUGAGCUUCAAUAUCGCCGAAAAUACGACAACACUGGCAAAGCUUGGCAGGUUGAAGAUUCUCCAUCUCUCGGACAUUUCAAGGAAGCUCAGAAACUUGUAGACAAUAUCGACUACAGAAAACAAGCGCGAGAAAUAAACGCUCGUGGAACGAAUAUGUCUGGUGAUGUCACGCCUUCGUCACUUCACCACAAGAGAGCACAAGAGAUCCUUGACGACAGAAAAUACAAAGCUGAUUACGAGAGGACAGUAAAAGGCAAAGGAAUGACAUUUGAUCUUCACGGAACUCCGUCUAUGAGUCACAUCAAGCAUGCAGAGGAUAUUAAGAGUGAUAUUCUGUAUAAAGAAGGGUAUGAAGCCACAAAAGGUCGGCCAACAGUCGUUAUGGACGCCCCGCACAUUAUUAAUGCUCAGAAAGCAAAUGAUCUUAUUAGUGAUGUUAAAUACAAGCAAGAUUACAAUGAACGAAGAGGUCAUGUACAUUCGAUGGUGGAUACACCAGAGAUGGUUCGUGCCAGGGAAAAUCAGAGUUUCUUAUCUCAGGUGAGAUUUCAUUGUUCUUACCAUGCGGUUGAUCAAACUAAGUCCACCAAGUUACAUUCAUUCAAAUUACAUCAGGUUAAAUACAAGCAAGAUUACAAUGAACGAAGAGGUCAUGUACAUUCGAUGGUGGAUACACCAGAGAUGGUUCGUGCCAGGGAAAAUCAGAGUUUCUUAUCUCAGGUCAAUUAUAAGUCUGAUGUUGAAUCAAUGAAAGGAAGAAACCAUUCGACUAUCCUUGACACUCCUGAGUUGAGACAAGUGAAGAAGAACACCUACAACUUUAGCACGAUCAACUACAAAUCUGAAGCUGAAAACAUGAAGCGAGCGGCUCAGUCAUGCGUGUUGGACACACCGGAGUUACGAAGAGUGAAACAAAACACUUACAACUUCAGCUCUAUAAACUACAAGGACAACUCCAGCAAAGGAAAAUCUGUCUCUGCUUGCUUAGACACACCAGAAUUAAGAACUGCACGCCAAAAUAGCAGAAACUUCAGCCAGAUUAAGUACCAGUCAGACUUCAACAACAUGAAAGGAAAGUACACGCCAGUUGCUGAUGACUUGAACAUGCAACGAGUGAAGCACGCCACUAGAAUAUCUUCAGAUCUUAAAUACAAAGGAAUGAAAGCAAAGAAUGAAGAUAUGGACAAAAUGAGGGCGACCAUUGAAGGACAAAAAGGGAAACAACAAUCGGCCAUUGUCCUUGAUAUGAAACCGAUUAAGGUCCAAACUGAACUUCCGAAACACCAAGUUGUAAAAUCUGAGCCGCUUAGACGUUGGAAACGAAACCCUGGAUCUAUAUUCGACUAUGAUCCUUCUGAAUAUGAAACUGAUACCGAAUACGAAAUGGGAAAACCUCACACCGUUACUGCUUCUGCAAAAACUGGCGGCGCCGAAAAUGAACAAAUAUACAACCGUCUGGUGACAUGGGAUUCUACAAACCUAAAUAAACACCCAACACCUUGGACUAACUACGUCAUGGGGUCCGGUUAUAAGCACGUCGGCGCGCCGUCUUCCGUGCUUGAUUACAGCUCAAGACAUAUAGCUCUUGCACCAUCUGGCGGCGGAGUAUCGAAGCAGUUCAAAGCGAUGUAUGAUUAUGCUGCUGCUGACGAUGAUGAGGUCACAUUCAAGGAUGGUGACGUCAUAAUCAAUGCACAAUCCAUUGAUGACGGUUGGAUGUUUGGUACUGUACUGCGUACUGGUGCAACGGGAAUGCUACCCGCCAAUUACGUUCAACUUUUGGCUUAAACAUGUUUCUGUAAAUAACAAAAUGUUUGUAUGAUGUUCUGUAAAUAUUGUGGAGUGUUCACCGGUUAAAUAAAACUACUCAACAGUGA